AUGGAGAGCAACGAGAAGAAGAAGAAGAGCAUGAAGUUGAUGAACUCACUGUCUCGUCGAGAACCAACGAUGCCGGCACCGGAUAACGGCAGGCUGGCAGACGGCGGGCGGCUGGACAAAAAAAUCUCAUCUCAAAACAAACAACCAAUAUAUCACUCUUUAGGCCGGAGAAGAAAGAGGGACCAUCACCCUUCGUCAACCACCGCCGCGACCGCCAGGCCGACAGAAACCAGACACCCAAAAACUCGCAACGGCCGACCAGCGCCGCCGCCAGGGAGAAGAACGAGUAGAACAACGCAGCACUCGUCUCGUCGCGAAGUCCACGCCAGCCACGACGCUGUCCCCACUCGCUUUCCGGCGACCAACAUCCGCGGACUCUCCCUCGCAGCCCUCGUCGUCCGCCGACAGUCCAUCGCGCCGACUAAUGGGCUUAGAGGAGACUCCGUGAGCUCGCCAGCCUCUGCGCGGAGACAGAGGAGGAAGCUCCUCGGCGCGCUGGAGAAGUGCGACGAGGACCUGAAGUCAUUGAAGAGGAUCAUCGAAGCGGUGAGAGUUGCAGACAAAAGCGAUAACGUGGAGGGUGAUGGAGAUGAGAGCGUGGAGACUGUGAAGAGCGUGGACAGUGUUGGAGAGCAACCAAGCCCCGUUUCAGUUCUGGAUCCUGUAUUUUCUCCUACUUGUUAUGUUGGCGAAAUGAGAUUGGAGAAGGAACAACAACAGAAAUCACAAGGUGUAUGCAUCCAGUUAAGAGCUCCAGAGGCUUCUCAUUUGUGUAUCUCAGGGGACCUUAACGAGAGCAAGAAGCACGACAGACAGAGCCAUUCUUCGUUCUUCAACCAGAUCAUCGUCCAUAGAUUGCCGACGAAGCCGACUCAAAGGCAAUACUAUAACCUCCUCGAACAAUUCUCUCAGACGAAGAGGCUAACAGAAGUCAAUCAUCAUCGACAUCCGUCUGAGCGCAAGAGGAGCCAAGCAUUGACAGAGAGUGUGAGUGAAAUUUGGGAGAACGGGGUUUUAGAGCAAACGUGUGAGCUAGGAAAAGUUGUUGUUAUAGUAGAGAGAGGUAUAUUUAGAGAGUUGGUAGAUGAGUUUGUGAGGGAGAUGUUGGGGGUUGGCUUCAAGGGGUUGAUUUCACAAUGGACGUGUAGGAAGAGGCUCUGUUUUUAGUUCGUUAAUUUGAUGUGAUCAUGAGCAGUUGCUAGAUUAUAUAUUGUCGUAUUAAUCAUAUGUUAUUAACUAUUAAUAAUAUGAAUUUGAGAAUCUAA